AGAGCGGUUCUCGCUCAGUCCGGCGCGAGACCGCGAGUGGGGCGGUAGUUUCUAGCGGUGCGGGAGGUGUGUGUUCCAUCGAGUGCUGCCCGAUACACUGGAUUACUGCUGUUUUGACUUUAUUUAAGUUUUUAUUUAAUUUAUUCGUCGAAACAAAUGUUAAAAAUGGGAAUGCAUCAUCGUCGUCUGUGGAGCGCCGUCGCCGCGCUCGUGCUGCUGGCUUUUAAUGCACACGCGCAGAGACGCGGCUCGUACGGCGCCGGGGUCACACAGGCCACCGAGUUCGACUGCCCCGAGGAGUUCGGCUACUACCCGCACCCCAGCGACUGCACGCAGUACUACGUGUGCGUGUUUGGCGGCGCGCUGCUCGAGUCCUGCACGGGAGGGCUCAUGUACAGCCACGAAUUGCAGACUUGCGACUGGCCCCGCAACGUUGGCUGCGGUGCGGACAGCGCGGCUGACACCCCGACCCCCGCCAGGAGCCCGCCACCCGCACCGCGCACGCCGCUCAGGCCGCAGCCGGCGCUCUCUCGCGAGCAACAACAACAAGAGAGGCGCCAGCGUAUCGAGCAGGAGGAGCUUGCCAAGCAGCAGUUGUACGCCGAGGACCUGGGCCCGGCCGAGGAGGUGGAGAGCGACCGCCAGCAGCGCGUGUACCGCGGGCAGCCCUCCAGCCUAGGACAGGUGGCGCGCGACCGCGACGGGCUGCGGCACCAGCCCAACACCAUCCAGGCGCCCAGCAACAGCCGCGACAAGGCGUCCGUCGUCUCCUACGCCACCCAGCAGCCGCCGCCGUACAGCGGUGACGCCCUAGACCUGACGCUCGGACCGCCUGACCACCACAACCUGUUGACGUACAAGCGGCGGAAGAAGCGGCAGGUCCGCAGACAUGCGACUAGACGACACGUGUACCCGCACCCCCUUGCCGCCCCGCCGCCCCCCGACGACACGCCGCCCCACUACAGGCUGCUGUUCGACCCGAGCGCCGCCUCCACCGCGCCGCCCCCCGCACACCUGGCGGCCGGUCCAGCCGCCCUCAAUCUCAGCGCCUUCCUGAGUCCACGUCCGUCGCCGGGCUUCGGCCCCUCGCGCCCGCACGCCAAGGCCUCGGCCUUCUCACACCCCAUCAACGAGGAUCUUCGGCCACCUCCACUACGGCCUGCUGACGGCAAACCGGACGUACACCCCAUGUCGGUACCGUACCGCACCCUCCCUGCUGACGGUGACGGCGCCGGCGGCUUCGUCCCCAUCCCGAACCCUGCCGCGGCCCCGCGUGCGCCACCCGUCGCCGUGUCGCUCACCUCGACCGCCAACCCCGCCCACCUGCACUUCCAGCGUCUCGAGAGCCAGACCUCGCGCCCGGCCACCGGCACGCAGAUCACUUCGCCGUCGUCGCACGUGCACGAAGUGUCCACGGCCAAGUUGGAAGCGGAGACCAGCCAGUCCUACAUCAACGAGCGCGGCGAACGGCUGCACGGAAACUACCGGGACCCCGCCGCUCCCGGGGCCACCGUCAACGGCAAGACGCCGCUGCCGCCGAUUCCGUGGGUGGACGAGCGGGCCACCGCCUCGCCCGUGGUCAGUACCGGGACAAGCGACCACGACGAGGAUGAGGACGACGACGGUGACGAAGACGACGACGAGGACGAAGACGAUGGGAAGAAAAACAAGCUAACCACCAAGGAGUCCACCAGGAAUACGGUUCCAUCCGGGGACCAGGAUGACGACGACGCUGGCUUUAACGAGCCCGACGAUGAAGAGUUCGGACCUGAUAGUGACAAGCUUAGCAGGCGACCAAACAAGAACAAGAAAGACGAGCAUGAGUCGCACAUCAUGAUCUCUGACUUUAAGCUCACCACCGACCCCUCACCCGAUCACCAUCACGAGGAGGAGGAGACCGUCACGGGUGCGCCCGAGGCGACGCUCACGCGGCCUAGCGCGCACCACCACGACGAGGAUGACGAUGGUGAUGAGGAGCAGCACCAGAACCACCAAGAAGACGAUGAUCAUGAUGAUUUCUUCGACCCAGACUUGGACGGGAAACCGAUGAAGCACAAGAAGGCGCCCGCGCAAAGUCAGUCGCAGCCCGUGACGGCGGGCCCCCCUCGGCCCACCAGGCCGCCAGCGCCCCCGAGCCCACCAGAGAAAGGCUUCACGCCCGCGCAGCCGGGGGCGUUGGGGCUGGACGACGACGAUGACGACGAGGCCAAGCAGGGCGAGUACAGGCCGCCAGAGAGCUUCUUCUCUGACGACUUUGGCAAGGAGUUCGACAACGAAGACGGCACCUUCGGGAGCCUUGACUUCGACUACGACAAGUUCAUCAAAGAGAUGGACAAGGGCGUUGACGACAAGGUGCAGGGGCUAGCUAGCAGCGCUGACAAGGCGGGCGCCGCACCCGCCCCCGCACAGCGCCCCAGGGACGCCGAUGAGGCGUUCUUCGGCGACGACCCCGAUGACCGGAAGCCCUCGGCGCCGGCACAGUACCCGCGCACCGGGUACACCUCCGUGCCCUUCUCGUGGGACGCGGACGGGCGAAAGCAUGCCCCUGGCACCAAGGGCAAGGAGUCAGGGGUGUACUACGACAAGUAUCGCGCAAGCAAGUCACCCUUCGGCUCCGAAGCGCACCGGGACAUGCGCUACGAGAAGCAGGGUGCGAGCACCGCCAAGACAACCCCUAAGGGUUUCGUCAACAACCCCUUCGCCGACCCCAACUUCAACUUCGAAAGGUACGUGGACACGAUCGCCGCCACCACAAGCAGAUCGACGGUAACAGCGAUGUCGACGACAACUACCGCCGCACCAGUACGGCCGCCUCGCCCGCACCAGGACGGCGAAGAGGAGGACGAGGGGGACGACGACGAUGAAGACGAGGAGGAAGAGGAAGAGAACGCAAACCACAAGCCGACAAGGAAGUCGGUCCUCGAGAAUAACACGGUGAAGAGCUCUCGGCACAAGCCGACCAAGGAGCCAUCGGCGGAGAGGACGUCCCUGGCGAAGAACCACCGGUACGAAGCGAGUAAGCUGCGGCCGGCGGAGAGCGCGCCCGGCCCUGGUCCCGCCGCCCACGAGUACGAGGACAUGGUGUCAGAGGAGGACAAGCGCUCAGCGCCGAAGUACCCUAGGUCUACAGAGCGCAGCGUGCGCAGUACCACGCCUCAGUACUCGCAGCCGUUCUCGCACACCACUGCCUACAGCGCCUACCCGCGGCGCGGGCCGUACCUGGGCGAGUUCAGCUUCCAGCAGGCCUCCCCUAACAACAUGUUUCUCCCACGGCCCAGAGCGUCCGCGGCCUCCUCCUCUGCACCCCGCGAGCGCUUCGCCGAGCGCGUCGCCCCGUCGGCCGCCGUCACCAGGCCGCCCGGCAUGGCCGUAGAGUCAUCGAGCUUCUCAACCUACGGCCCCACUCCGCUGCAGAGGCUCCGUCAAGAGGCCCAGAGACCCAGGACGGUGUCGAGCAACUCCGUCACGUCCAGCAAGCCGCGCACCAAGACCAAGAACCGACAGCAGGACGACGACAUGAAGGAGUACUACGACGUGCUUGGGUACACAGACGAGUACCGCGUUGAGAACGUGCACCUGGCGCCGACCGACGGCUACGAUGAUCUCAACCCGCUCAAGCACAUAUACCCCGACAUCAAGGCGCACAUCGGGCUGGCCGACCACGACCACGAGGAGGACGAAGGCCCUCGCGUCAAGGCCAACCAGUACCAAGUGUUCGAGGCCAUCGCCGAGAGCAGGCCCAACAGGACUACGCUGCCCCCGCCGCCCACCACCCCCACUCAAUCAGACCAAACCGUCGAAACUAGUCAUAUUCCAUUAGUCCAUGAGCUUUACGCUUGGUGA